AUGGCAACCCGCGCGCAGCCGGGUGUUCAUUAGGCUGGGAGCGCGGGUGCUGCGGCGCUGGCGACAGGAGUGGCUACGAGUGCCGAGGGGUCUGGACGGCCCGGGCCGCUGCAGGAUGAGGCCCUGGGCGUGGUGUCGGUGCCCUCACAGUGGAGGGGCGCCCAGGGCAUCCGCGGGGAGACGAAAAGUUGCCAGACAGCCAGUAUUGCCACAGCUGAAGUAUCUGUCCAGACCCGGAAGCAUGCAGAUGCUGAAGUGCAGACUGAGCCCCCUGUGCCCAUCAGAGUGCUGUCUGUGUCCUGGCAGGACAGCCCCCAGCUUGCAGCCUUUCUUCGGAGAGUGGAGGGCAUGGUCAUCCGAGAACUGAAUAAGAAUUGGCAGAGCCAUGCGUUUGAUGGCUUCGAGGUGAACUGGACUGAGCAGCAGCAGACGGUGUCCUGCCUGUACACCCUGUGCUACCCCCCAGCCCAGGCGCAGGCUCUGCAUGUGACCAGCAUCUCCUGGAACAGCACCGGCUCUGUGGUGGCCUGUGCUUAUGGCCGACUUGAUGACGGGGACUGGAGCACGCUGAAGUCCUUCGUGUGUGCCUGGAACCUGGACCGGCGAGGCCUGAGUCCCCGGCAGCCGUCGGCAGUGGUGGAGGUGCCCAGUGCUGUCAUGUGCCUGGCCUUCCACCCCACACAGCCGUCCCAUGUUGCAGGGGGGCUGUACAAUGGCGAAGUGAUGGUGUGGGACAUGAGCCGGUCCGAGGACUCGUUGCUCUGGCGCACAGGCCUGACCGAUGACACCCACACAGACCCCGUGUACCAGGUGGCUUGGCUGCCUGAUCCUCGACACAACCACCGCUUCCAGUUGCUUAGUGUGGCCACUGAUGGGAAGGUGCUGCUCUGGCAGGGGGUUGGGGCAGGCCAGCUGCAGCUUACGGAGGGCUUCGCCCUGGUCGUGCAGCAGCUCCCACGCAACACCAAGCUAAAGAAGCCUACCCGGGGUGAGACUGAGGUGGGUGUCACGACUGUGGCUUUCUCCAGCUUUGACCCCAGCCUUUUUGUUCUGGGCACCGAAGGUGGCUUCCCCCUCAAGUGUUCCCUGUCAGCGGAAGAGGCUGCUCUCACGAGGAUGCCCAGCUCCGUGCCCCUGCGGGCACCUGCACAGUUUACCUUCUCUCCCCAUGGUGGUCCCAUCUACUCUGUGAGCUUUUCCCCCUACCACAGGAAUCUCUUCCUGAGUGCAGGGACCGAUGGGCAUGUGCACCUGUACUCCAUGCUGCAGGCCCAGCCCCUGACUUCACUGCAGCUGUCCCACAAGUACCUGUUUGCUGUACGCUGGUCUCCAGUGCGCCCCUUGGUUUUUGCAGCUGCUUCUGGGGAAGGUGAUGUACAGCUGUUUGAUCUCCAGAGAAGCUCCCAGAAACCCAGAGUUUCUAUCAAGCAAACCCAGGAUGAAAGCCCUGUCUACUGUCUGGAAUUUAACAGCCAACAGACUCAGCUUUUGGCUGCUGGUGAUGCCAAGGGCACAGUGAAGAUCUGGCAGCUGAGCACUGAGUUCACAGAACAGGGACCCCGGGAAACAGAGGACUUGGACCAGCUAGCAACAGAGGUAGCCACCUGAUGUGCUCCUGCAGCUUAGCUCCCUCCAGCAGGGACAUGGCUGACGGGGGUCCCUGGAGACGUUGGCUAGGGGGAAGGGGUCCCCAAACACAGAGGCAGCAGAAAUGAGCCUUGGUUUGUUGAGCUCUGUAUUUCUGAUGUAAGUCAAAUGAAGAAAAGAAAAACUUUAGGGGGAGAGUCAA